AUGAUUCCGCUUAAGAUUGGAUGGGCCACAAUAGUAUUGGUGUUAUGUUCAUUUUCGACGCCGAAUGGGGCGCUGGGCUGUUCCGGAAUCUCGUGCAGACGAGAACUCGACCUGAGCAGAGGCAAUCUCGAUAAUAACAACAACGUUCUUCGUUCGAAAAGAUUCGGCGAAAACGCAUCCACCCAAACUGAAAACGAUCACGAAAAUCGACAAAGUACAAAUAGGUUGGUAUCGGUGAGGCGGGAUAACGAAGAUGCAACUAACAGAAAUUCGAAGACUGAUAUUAAUAGAAAAGUUAAUUUUUAUGAUGGGAAAAGUAUUUCUAACGAAGCAAGACGACAAUCUUUUGAAAAUAGAGUUCGAUCUGAUAGAAAUAGACGAGAUUUGAGUGAGAAUGGAAAUAUUAGGGAAAUGCGAGAAAAUUUAAAAUUAAGAAGGAUUGAGCCAAAAGAUUCCAGAAGUCGCCUAAAUAUUAAUAAGAUGGUCUCAACAAGGCGUAACUCCGAACAACGACGUAAUUCCAUUCAAAUUGAGCGCCGAGAUGCUCCUGAAACACGAAGAGUGCAAUUUGGAGAUGAUAGAAAAGAAAUUAGGCGCCAAUCUAUUGAAAAUAGGAGCCGAUUUGAUAAAAAUAGGGUUCGAUCUGAUAGAAAUAGGCGAGAUUUGACUGAAAAUGUACUCGAAUCAUCACAAAGAAACAUUAAGGAAGCUCGGGACUCUUUAGAAAUAAGAUGGGUUGAGCCAAAAGACUCAAAAAGUCGCCUAAAUACAAACAGAAUGGCCUCAUCAAGGCGUAACUCCGAACAAGGAAGUAAUUCCAAUCAAAUUGAAAGCCGAGAUGCCCCAGAAACACGAAGAAUUCAAUCUGGAAGUGAUAGAGAAGAAAAUAGACGCCAAUCUGAAGAUGUUCGGCGCCAAUCUAUUGAAAAUAGAAGCCGUUUUGAUGAAAAUAGGGUUCGAUCUGAUAGAAAUAGGCGAGUUUUGACUGAAAAUAUACUCGAAUCAUCACGAAGAAACAUUAAAGAAGCUCGGGACUCUUUAGAAUUAAGAAGGGUUGAGCCUAAAGGCUCAAGAAGUCGCCUAAAUACAAAUAAGAUGGUCUCAUCAAGGCGUAACUCCGAACAAGAAAGUAAAUCCAAUCAAAUUGAACGCCGAGAUGCUCCAGAAACACGAAGAAUUCGAUCUGGAAGUGAUAGAGAAGAAAAUAGACGCCAAUCUGAAGAUGUUCGGCGCCAAUCUAUUGAAAAUAGAAGCCGUUUUGAUGAAAAUAGGGUUCGAUCUGAUAGAAAUAGGCGAGUUUUGACUGAAAAUAUACUCGAAUCAUCACGAAGAAACAUUAAAGAAGCUCGGGACUCUUUAGAACUAAAAAGGAUUGAGCCAAAAGAUUCAAGAAGUCGUCUAAAUACAAACAGGAUGGUGUCAUCAAGGCGUAACUUUGACGACCGCCGGAUUUCAAUUCAAACUGAGCGCCGAGAUGUUCCGGAAACACGAAGAAUUCGAACUAAAAGUGAUAAAGAAGAAAAUAGACGCCAAUCUGAAGAUAUUCGGCGCCAAUCUACUGAAAAUCGAAUUCGAACUGAUAGAACUCGACGAAUUUUAACUCAAGAUACGCCCGAAUCUUCACGGAGAAACAUUAGAGAGGCAAGAGACUCUUUAGAAUUAAGAAGGAUUGAGCCAAAAGAUUCCAGAAGUCGCCAAAAUACAAAUACGAUGGUGUCAUCAAGGCGUAACUUUGAAGACCGCCGCAAUUCUAUUCAAAUUGAGCGCAGAGAUGUUCCAGAAACACGAAGAAGUCGAUCUGGAAGUGAUAGAGAAGAAACUAGGCGCUUAUCUGAAGAUAUUCGGCGCCAAUCUAUUGAAAAUCGAAUUAGAACUGAUAGAACUCGUCGAAUUUUGACUCAAGAUACACUCGAAUCUUCACGGAAAAACAUUAGAGAGGCAGGAGACUCUUUAGAAGUAAGAAGGAUUGAGCCAAAAGAUUCCAGAAGUCGCCAAAAUACAAAUGCGAUGGUAUCAUCGAGGCGUAACUCCGAACAACGACGUAAUUCCAUACAAAUUCAACGCCGAGAUGCUCCUGAAACACGAAGAAUACGAUCUGAAAAUAAUGAGUUAAGGAAGAAUGAAAUUAGAAAACUUCAAAAUACACACAGAUUUAUGAUUACUAACUCGAUAAAAGACGAAAUAUCAUCCGAAUUUGGAAUACCGUUGAAAAAAGGCUUCGAUAUGGGCGAUUUCGUAAAGAUAUUACUUGUAACGGUGACGUCGAUGCAGAUUUUAAGCGGGAUUAAUCCGAAAUACUUCGGGUUUGGUUUGCUGCAAAGGAAAGAAAAGAUUUAUUAG